CAGACAUACUCAAACUGGACAUGCCCAGUUGAGUGGGUAGCUAACGUUAGCUAGCGAGUGUGUGACAAACGGCGCCAUAAACUCACUGGGAUGCAUUGUUGCUAGCUAGCGGUAGCUAGCUUCUUCUGAUUUCCUGUCGCUGGUGUGUUGGCUACUUCGGAAGCCAUAAAAUAGCUUACGUUACAACCAUGGAAAUCGACACACUUUUGGAGGGUUUUACGGUUUCCUAUUUUCAUGCAUCUACGUUCAGACUUCGACAAGAAAGGGAAGAAAGAUGCCUGCCCUGCCCUGGAUCAAUUUCUGUGUCAUGUCGCCAAAACGGGAGAAACGAUGAUUUCAUGGUCACAGUUCAAAAGUUAUUUCCUGUUUAAACUUGAGAAGGUAAUGGAUGACUUCAGAGCCUCGACACCAGACCAGCGAGGGCCAGCCAAUCCUAAUGUGGAGUACAUUCCGUUUGAAGAGAUGAAGGAGAGGAUUCUCAAAAUCGUAGAAGGAUACAACGGGAUUCCGUUCACCAUCCAGCGUCUGUGUGAGUUACUGACUGAGCCAAAGAGGAACUACACAGGAACAGAGAAGUUCCUCAGGGGAGUGGAGAAGAAUGUGAUGGUGGUCAGCUGUGUGUGUCCUACAUCAGAGAAAAAUGGGGCAACCAGUGUAAACAGAAUGAAUGGAGUGAUGUUCCCUGGCAAUACCACUAUUUAUUCAGAAAGGAAUGUAAAUGGACCAGGCACGCCAAGGCCACUGAACAGACCAAAGCUAUCACUAUCCACUUCUCUGGAAACAAACGGUCUCCCUGACAGCACAGACGAUAAGGAGCCACUCACAGAACAAGAGGAGGAGCAUGUUGUCAGUGAUUCCUCGGUAUCGGAAAGUGAUGCCACACAGAGCAGUCCGAUGAAGACCAAGCAUCCGGAAGAGGAUGCAACGGAGGCAGAGAGCCACGAAGUCAAGAGGCUGAAGUUUGACAAAGACAUGGAUGAAGAGGAGGAUGAGGUAGACAAGGAGAUGUCAUGUCCUGCACCUGCCCAAAGUUCAUCAGACAUGCCAGAAUCAUCAACAGAUAUUGUUGAGGAAGAAAAAGAGAAGUCUGCCGAUAUGCUCACCACAGAUGAUCGUGAGCCCUCCAGUACUCAGACAGAAGAUCCCUUUGAUGACGAGGAAGAGACAUCAGAGAGGGAGGCUGAGUAUGGCCCCAACCACAGUCUAAAGAGUGACAGCACCAUGGACCAGUCAGAGGAGCAGCUUGCUCAGUCAGGGAAUGAUCUGAGUUUAGAGGAACAGGAGGAAGGAGAUUGCAGUGACCCAGUAAGUAGCAGCAGUAGCAGCAACGGGGAGGGAGCACCCAGUGAAGAGCCUGUCCCCUCUGCCUCUCCCAGCAGUACAGCUGAGUCGUUGGCAGAGGGCGCUGCUGCAGAAAACUGUUCGGAAAGCUCAGAGACGGCAGAUGAGCCCAUGGAACAGGACUAACCUGAGGCCGAGGGGCCCCCCCAACAUUAUUUUACACUGUAUAUUGAUACUGUACCAAACCCAGGAGAUCUCUGUACCACCAUGGACCUGUAAUCUCCCAGCACAGGGAGGCUUUUUGUGAGGCCUCAGAGGAUUUUCACCCUCAGGUCUCUUCACGCCUUGUAUGACCCACCCACCAGUCUGUUUUUAAAAACUGGAACUUAUCAUUUAAAGUUCCCCUCCAGCUUGUUUUUUUUAAAAGCCUGUGGCAUUCAAAAAAACGACUCAGCUAUACUUUUUUUUAUCACCUUGAUAGUUUUUAUUUCUCUCAUGGAUCACUGUCAUUUUAGUAUUUACUGCUAUUUUAGACACCAGUUCUAAAGCUGCUUGGUUAACAUUGUGAUAAGGAAUGAAUCAGCCACUUCUGUGUGUUUGUUGUGAUCUCAAUCUGUGGUGAACGUAUCAUGUUUGCCGGCCCAGUUAGGGUCUCCUCUGGAUCUGUGGGAUGCCUUGGGUUUUCCCUUGGUAAAGCUACUGUUCACAUCUAUGUUUCAAUUUUUAGUGUAGUUGUCCAUACCUUGGAAUGUAAAGUAUGAAGGAUUGUCCAUGACACACAUCUGUUCCAUAAAACCACUGGAAGCCAUUGCCCUGAAAGUUUGGUAGUCUGUCUAAGUAAACAUACCGAAACCAUGGAUCGCAACCAAUCCUCAUGUACUAUUGCACUCUGAUUGAACAAAACAGAUAGUGCUUUCAGAAAGUAUUCAUACCCCUUGACUUAUUCCACAUUUUGUUACAGCUUUAAUUCAAAAUGGCUUAAAUGUUAACACACAAUACCCCAUAAUGAAAACACAUUUUUAGAAGUCUUUGCAAAUUUAUUGAAAAUGAAAUAAAUAUCUAACUUAGAGGUAUACACACCCCUUAUGCAAACUGAGCUCAGGAGCAGCCAACUUCCUUUGAUCAUCCUUGAGCUGUCUUUACAACUUGAUUGGAGUCCACCUGUGGCCAAUUAAUUUGUUUGGACAUUAUUUAGAAAAACACCUGUCUAUAUAAGGUCCCACAGUUGACAUUGCAUGUCAGAGCAGAAACUAUACCAUGAAGUCCAAGGAACUGUCCGUAGAGGGCCCAGACAUGAUUGUGAUGAGGCAUAUAUCUUGGGGAAGGGUAUAAAACAAUUGUAGUGUUAAGUUUUUGCGAGCACAGUGGUCUCCAUCAUUGGGACAUUGAAAAAAUAUAGAACUACCCAGACUGCCUAGAGCUAGCUGUCCGACCAAGGCAAGAAAGACCUUUGGUAAGGGAGGUGACCAAGAACCCAAUGACCACUCUGACAGAACUACAGAGUUCCUUGGUUGAGAUGGGAGAACCUGUCAGAAGGACAAGUCUUUACGCACUUCACAAAUCUGAGCUUUAUGGGAGAGUGGCCAGACGGAAGCCGCUCCUAACAAAAAGCCACAUGAUGGAAGGCCUGGAGUUUGCAAAAUGCAUAUGAAAGAUGGAGCAUAAGGCAAAAGAUUCUGUUGUCUGAUGAGAGACAAAUUGGCCUGAAUGCAAAGUGCUAUGUCUAGAGAGAAACAGGCACAGCUAAUCACCCAUCUAACACCAUCCCUACUGUAUAGCGGUGGUGGCAGCAUCUUGCUAUAAGGAUGCUUUUCAGUGGCAGGGACUGAGAGACUGGUAAGGAUACCGCGAACAAUGAAUGCUGUCAAAUCCCUGAUGAGAACCUGCUUCAGAGUGCAAAUGACCUUGGACUGGGGUGAAGAUUUACGUUCCAACAGGACAAUGACCCCAAGCAUCUAGCCAAAGCAAUGCUGGAAUGACUUCAGAACAAGAGUUUGAAAGUCCUUGAGUGGCUCAACCAAAGCCCAUUGAAAAUCUAUGGAAAGACUUGGAGAUUGCUGUUCACCACCACUUCCCAUUUAACAUAACAGCUUGAGAAAAUCUGCAAGGAAGAAUGGGAGGAAAUCCCCAAAUCCAGAUGUGCAAAGCUGAUGCAGACGUACCCAAGACGACACAAAGCUGUAAUCACCACCAAAGGUGUUUUUACAAAGUAUUGACUCGGGUGUGAAUACUUAUAUAAAUUAGAUGUAUUUAUUUUAAUACAUUUGCAAAAAUGUCUAAAUGUUUUCACUUUGCCAUAAUGGGGUAUUUUGUGUUGGAAAAUUGAAUUCAGGCUUUAACCCAACAAAAUGUGGAAUAGGUUGAAGGGAAUGAAUACUUUCUGACAGCACUGUAUAGCUGUGAACCAAUUGCUCUAAACAUUCCAGGAGCACUCUAUCCCAUCGUUCUCCACCUUCUCACCUGUUGCUAAGUCUUCCAAAACAUCAGAAGACAAUAAUAUUGGCAAUUUCCUGAUUUCUGUUGUCUGACAGUAUUGAGUGAAUGCUUUUGUCGGUUGACCACAGUUACUGUCAGUUUUUGUGUCCGAUUUACUCAAAUGGUAAGAAAACAUGGUGUACUUUAGUUCUCACAAUCUUUUCAAUUGAAUAAAACUACAUUUGUCAAAUUGAAAUGUCAAUUUCAGCACUAAAUGUCAUUGAUCACAAGAAUCUUGUUUGAUUUUAUUUUGAGAGUUUACUGGCUGCCAUAUCUUUACCAGUUUCUGCAACUGUCUUUUUAUAUAUUAGGAUAAACAUUUCUGUAAAGUAGAUUUUGUAGAUUGUAAUAUGUGUUUACUGCCUUUGUGAAACCGAUUGACAUCUCUGUAAAUUGAAUGAUUGGCUUUCAGCACAGUAUUCAUAUGAAGCAAUAAAUGCUAACAUUUUAA